AAGAAUAUAUCCGUUAACUGCAAGUCAAACAAGUUCCUACGCUUAUAUUAGUACCGCUGGUAACUGAAAAUGGUAUUUACGCCAAGGUAUCAAUCCGAUCCGCCAUUUAAGACGCCCUUGACAGAAAGGUCACGAUAUUCUUUAUGGAUAUAAGCACAAUCAUAACGAAGAAUCUGAGAGAAAGUUUUAGUAGCUUUUUCAUCUCUAUCUGCCUCUUGUUCGAAAUUGAUCUUCUCCAUGAUGCGAUCUGUCACGAGAUAUACUCUACGUUCAUCAAGAAGCAGAGCAAAAUAUACCCGAGAUAUAGAAGCGAAAACUCGAGGCAUUUGCUCAAAGGUGACACCAGCCAUGUCUACCUUGGAAUAAUCGCCGGAAGCGCAACACCGAACACAUCCUCAAUGCUGCGGCCAAAUUCUUCUCGAAUGGCCUUUAUAGCAUCUUCCCGCUUCCCACGCCGCGCAUCAUUAAACAUCUCGCCAAAUAUAAGCAAUCGCCACAGGUCGGCAAUUAAAGAGCUGAACGGCAGCAGUGACUAGACUUACUAACACAGUUUAGCCUCAAAUUCUCAUGUCGUGACAGAAACGCUCUAAGUUGCAUUUUAUAACUUUCUGAGCUCCUAUUGACGAAAUAAAUAUUAUUCGCCUUGACUAUCGUGCAGGUCGGCUGAUGCAUUCUGCUUUAGUAUAUGGCAUCAAUUAC